AAAGGCAUUGACCUAUUGCAGAGUCAUGGUGUUGGUUGCAACCACUUUAAUGAUUAUCACCUGUACUGUGAGUGCUGCACAACCUAAAUGUAAAGCUUAUGGGACAGAUGAACUCCUUCAUUUCUCAAAAGAAGGUAACGUCUCUAUUGGGGGCAUUUUUUCAUUCCACCAAAAUCCAGUUGAUGUAAAUCCAACGCUCACAACCAAUCCAGGAAACAUCCGGUGUAAUGGUCUUGAUCCUGGAGAGCUGCAGUAUGCAAUGACAAUGCUUUUUGCCAUUGAGGAAAUAAACAACAGCCCAGAUCUUCUUCCUGGCUUUGUGCUAGGCUACCGUGUCUAUGGCUCUUGCCCAAGUAUCCCUCUCUCUAUGGGAGCAUCGUUAGCUCUGAUCAAUGGACAAAUGGAAGCAGAAGAGAGCUGCGUAAGUCCCUCUACUGUGCAAGCUGUCAUUGGAGAAACUACAUCAACAUCCACAAUAGACAUUGCAAGGACCAUGGGUCCAUUUAAGAUCCCUGUGCUAAGCCAUUCAGCAACUUGUGCAUGUCUUAGUAACAGACAACAGUAUCCAUCCUUCUUCAGGACCAUUCCCAGUGAUUACUACCAGAGCAGAGCACUGGCUAAACUAGUCAAGUAUUUUGGCUGGACCUGGGUUGGGGCUGUGAGAAGCAGGGGAGAUUACGGCAACAAUGGAAUGGCCACUUUUUUAGAAGCAGCAGAGAAAGAAGGCAUUUGUGUUGAAUACUCCAUGGCCAUUUACAGAACUGAUUCAAGAGAGAAGUUUUUGGAAGUCACAAACGUAAUUAAAAAAUCAACAUCUAAAGUCAUAGUAGCUUUUGCAGAUGGCAAUGAUUUGGACAUCCUCAUAAAAGAGCUUUACUACCAAAAUAUAACUGGCUAUCAGUGGGUUGGAAGUGAGGGCUGGAUUACUUACAGAUAUGUAGCAACCCCAAUGAACUAUGCUGUUGUAGGGGGAGCAAUAGGCUUUGCUGUGCCAAAUGCAUACAUUCCUGGAUUGAGGGAGUUUAUUGUGAGUAGCCGUCCCUCCUUGAGGUUAGGUAACACAGGACUGGUUGAGCUGUGGGAAAGCAUGUUUGACUGCAUUUUAAAUCCAAACACACACAAUGUCUCUAAGAUAUGCAAUGGAGAGGAGUCCCUAGCUAAUACAAACACACGUUUCACAGAUGUAUCUGAUGCUAGUCUUCUAAACAAUGUCUACAAGGCAGUGUAUGCUGUCGCUCAUGCAAUAGAAGCACUGCUGACUUGUGAGAAAGGGAAGGGGCCAUUCCCCAACAAGACAUGUGCAGAGAAUGGGAAAAUACAGCCUUGGCAGGUGUUGCAUUAUCUCACUCAAGUGAACUUUACAACCAAAAAUGGAGAGAACGUUUAUUUUGAUGAUCGUGGUGACCCAGUUGCACGUUAUACACUGGUUAACUGGCAGAUGAACUAUGAAGGAAUAAUAACAUUUGAGUCAAUUGGCUUGUAUGAUGCAUCCAAGCCAGAGGGACAACAGAUUCAAAUGAAAGAUGACAUUGAUGCAAUCUGGGCAGGAAACCAGAAAAAGGUCCCUCUGUCUGUGUGUAGUGAGACCUGUCUUGCAGGCACUCGGAGGGCCUUCAUGAAAGGAAAACCCAUCUGCUGCUUUGACUGCAUCGACUGUGCAGAUGGAGAGUUCAGCAACACCACAAAUGCAGUAACAUGCGUUACAUGCCCUCUUGAGUACAAAUCAAAUGGGAACAGAACACGAUGUGAACUCAAAAACAUUGAAUUCUUAACAUUUAAAGAAGUAAUGGGUAAUAUACUUGUGACAUUCUCUUUGUGUGGUGGAUUUCUCACAAUCACAAUUGGGUUGAUUUUCUUCUACCACAGACAUACACCAAUAGUAAGAGCUAACAACUCAGAGCUGAGCUUUUUGCUGCUCUUCUCACUCACUUUGUGUUUUCUCUGUUCACUUACUUUCAUUGGUCGGCCCACUGAGUGGUCCUGUAUGUUGCGUCACACAGUGUUUGGGAUCACUUUUGUCCUCUGUAUCUCCUGUGUUCUGGGGAAAACAAUUGUUGUGUUAAUGGCCUUCAAGGCUACACUUCCAGGAAGUAAUGUCAUGAAAUGGUUUGGGCCUCCUCAACAGAGACUGAGUGUUUUUGCCUUUACUCUUAUACAAGUACUUAUUUGUGUUCUUUGGUUAACAAUGUCACCCCCAUUUCCCUACAAAAACAUGAGUAAGUACAAUGACAAAAUCAUACUUGAGUGUGAUUCAGGUUCAGCAGUUGGUUUCUGGGCUGUGCUGGGUUAUAUUGGCCUAUUGGCUGUCUUGUGCUUCAUUCUGGCUUUUCUUGCUCGCAAGCUGCCUGACAAUUUCAAUGAAGCCAAAUUCAUUACAUUCAGUAUGCUUAUAUUCUGUGCUGUAUGGAUCACUUUUAUCCCAGCUUAUGUUAGUUCUCCUGGAAAAUUCACUGUAGCUGUGGAGAUAUUUGCUAUUUUAGCGUCAAGUUAUGGGAUGUUGUUUUGUAUAUUCAUUCCUAAGUGCUACAUAAUUUUACUAAAACCUGACAUGAACUCUAAAAAACUUUUAAUGGGUAAAGCUUCUUCAAAGGUUCACUGAUAAAACUGGCUAUUUAUUAUUAUAUAUUGACAUAGUAAAAAUGUCAUGCAUUCUCCAUUCAAAGUGAAACUUCAAUGCUGCGUCAUGCCGUUGACGCUAUGGGAAUUUUAAUACCAAUGUCACCAUGCCCCGGGUAACAGAACCUGCCCAAAAGGCUGUGUAUAAGCACAGAAGAUUGUUAAGUGCAGACUGGACUUGGGUCAACCCUCAAGGACUCGAGAUCCUGAGUCAAAUCUGUGUCCAACCGGUUCAACCAGGUGAAUGUGUGCGUAGAGGACCAGCCUGAUGCAGCACAAACAUCUUGUAAAUGUGCACCCCUCUUUUCCCAUUCCACGUGCCUCAUAGGAGAGGGUGAUAGCAUUUCCAUCCAAUACAAGAUACAUUGCUCAUUAACCACAAUAUCGUUAGUGACUACAUUAUUAUAAGUUGCUUAGCGACUGCAUGAUUAUUCUCUCUAUUGUGACCACCAAAGCAAACAAUGCCACUAGAAGGAGGUGAACUCAAUUUUGGCAAACCCUUGCUAGAACUAUAUCCCCCAGAAUGUAGAAUGCUCUCAGAGAAAGUAACUUUUCUUCUACCCAGAGCAGCCCACCCUGGUGAUUGAUGUAAGAGAUUACUGUGGUGUUGUCUGUAUGAACAAACACAUGCUAGCCCCUCAGCUGUGGAAGGAAGUGUUUCAGAGCUAGAAAAUCUGCCCUCACCUUGUGGCAGUUUUUGUGCCUAGGAGAGUUGAGGGUCCCCCCAAAAGACCGUGGGCUGGUCAGUCAUCGAGAACCGCUCCCUAGCCUGUGAAAGAGGUGUCCAUCGUGAAAGACUUGCGACAACAACAGGCCCUAUAGUGCCAGGGCCCUGUUGAGGUACCCUGGCUUGUUCCAAAGUUGAAGCACAAGUAGCAUGCGAAGCAUGACUCUUAUGACUCAAAGUAACAGAACGGGAAAGUAACAGCCUCUGAAUUUCUAAAACAAAAAGCUUCUGAUCUAGCUUGAUGUUUCUUUCAGUGGUUAGGAUCAAAACCACAUGUGCAGGAGACAGUGCCUGCAUUGUGGUUGAGUCCCACACUAAGAAAAGUGGUUCUUGGAGUUUAAUCAUAGUCCCAGAUGCUUCAUGUGAGCGAGCACAACAUUUCAAUGCUGUGGCUCUAACUCCUCCGACUGAGCUAGUAUCACCCAAUCAUCUUUAUGAUUCAGUACAUGGAUGCUCUGGAGUUGCAGAGGAGCCAGAGCAGCAUUCAUGCACUUGGUGAAUGUGCCUGUCAGAAUCUUAAUGUGAAUCCUUUAGAUCUAUCAACACAAACUUUUCCUCAGAUUGGACUUGUGACACUAUGAGUUUGAGGCUAAGCAUCUUAAACCUGUAUGUCCGAAGAGUACGGUUCAGACCCCCAGAUCUAAAAUCAGACACAUAGCGUCAACGCCAUGACUCAGCAAUGUUCCAUUUCGAAGGGGAACACGUUAAACAGAAUGCAAAGCUGCAGUAAUUCAGUUAUAAAAUAACUAAAAUGCUUGAAUGUAAUUUUGAAUGUUUUUUUUUUUUUUUCUUUCUCUAGCUAGCUUAUUAAGGCAAAAGUACUGUAUGCUUUAUUUAUCUGCUUACUACUAAGUGUCAUGCACAAUGAACCACAUUAAUAAUACACAAGCAGCAUGGUUUGUGUGUGUGUGUGUGUGUGUGUGUGUGUGUGUAAAACACUCAUAAAGCUGAUCUGAAAUACGUUUUUGUAUUCAUAAUAUUGUUUUCAAAAUGUUAGAGAAUAAAUAAAUAAAUAAAUACACACCUGCUCCUGACCACAAAA